UUUAGACUACAAAUGUUGCGAUCUGUGUAUGUUUUUCUUGAAAUUAAUACGAUAUUUGUUGAUUCUUGCUACUACUACAGUUCUGUAUCAUUUUUAUGCACUGUGUAAGUUGUUCAGAAUUUUGGAUGUUAUUUUAUAUUACUUUGGAAUUUUUGGAUCUUCAAUGUAUAUAGCAAUUUGGGGUUUCUUUAGGAUACAAUAUUAUGAUUUUGGGUGAGGUUGGAUUGUGCUUUUAUAUGUGUGUUUACUUUCAGUUUUAUUAUGGUGCUAAUUUCAUAUGGGUAGAGUUAACUAAUUUUAGAAAAUCUUCUAGUGGAUAACAUUGGAACUUACAAAUAAUUGUAAAAAAUGAUGUAGCAUUAAGAAAUAAGGGUGCCACAUUAUUUCAAGUCAAGAUCAGUUGUAAUGCAUGCAUCACCCUUCUAUUUCUCUGAAUGGAGGAGCCUUCUUUUUAAUUCUCACUCUCUGCAAGACUGGAAUCUUGAACUGUCGAGUGCUAGUUUCUGUGAGGGCUUAUUUUUCAAUCUGAAACACAAAAAUUUGCCCUUUGCUUGAUCGGUGGGGUUUAUCUUCUUGUGCCUUUCUUUGUCUUUACAGAACAUAAUUCCUUGCUUUGUUUUCUGUCCCUUUUCAGUAUUCACACCACUCUUUCUCAGAUUUCAAUGGUAUAUCCUUUUCUUUCUUAGCUUCCACUAUUUUGCAUCAAUCCACAUGCAUUUCUUUGUCUGAUCUGCGUUGGAUGUAAGAGUUCCUUUUUAUUCUUUUACAUUUCAUUUUUAUUUAUAUGCUGAGUGAGAAAGAGAGGUGGUGGUAGGGUUCAAUAGCUGAGGGGCCUUUGGUGCAGCAAUCUUGUGUCUGAGAAAGAAAAGGUUGCCUCUGUUUGUUAUAUUCAGUGAUUUCAGGAGUUUUUGGUUAGCCUGAAGUUCUAUUCAUCAUAUAUUGUUGAUCUGGAUAAAAGUUUUCUAUUGGUUAGUGGGACCUGGAUGAUUGAAUUGGCGUUGCUAGUAAUAUAGCUUAGUUUGCUCUCUGUAUACUACUGAGGUAUGUCGUCUGUUGAUGUAUCAAAAUAUGAACAUAGUCCUGUCCACAAGACCAUAAUUUUGAAGGACUAUGCUGGUCUGAGGAGAAUUCUUGCGGGCCUUCCCCGACUUUGUGAUCCAUCUGAGAUUCAUACAGAAUCGGUCUCACUUGCGGAAGAAGCUAAGGCUGAUGCCAUAGCUGCUGCAAUUGACAGACGUGAUGUCCCUAACCGAGACACUCCACUUCAUUUGGCCGUUAAAUUUGGUGAUGAGACUGCAGCGGAGAUGCUUAUGCUUGCAGGGGCAGAUUGGAGCUUGCAGAAUGAACACGGUUGGAGUGCGCUACAGGAAGCAAUAUGUAAUAGGGAAGAAGGCAUUGCUAAAAUCAUAGUUAGGCAUUACCAGCCAUUAGCUUGGGCAAAAUGGUGUAGAAGGUUGCCUCGAUUGAUUGGGACGAUGAGAAGGAUGAGAGAUUUUUAUAUGGAGAUUACAUUUCAUUUUGAGAGCUCAGUCAUCCCUUUCAUUUCGAGAAUCGCCCCAUCUGAUACUUACAAGAUCUGGAAGAGGGGUGCAAAUUUGAGGGCAGAUAUGACUUUGGCUGGUUUUGAUGGUUUCAGAAUACAACGUGCUGACCAGAGUAUUCUGUUCCUUGGUGACGGCUCAGAGGAUGGUCAAGUGCCUCCCGGAUCACUUUGCAUGAUUUCACACAAAGAUAAGGAGGUAAUGAAUGCUUUGGAUGGUGCAGGUGCUCCAGCAAGUGAGGCAGAAGUGCAACAAGAAGUGACUGCAAUGUCUCAGACAAAUAUAUUUAGGCCUGGGAUUGACGUGACUCAAGCAGUUCUUUUACCUCAAACAACAUGGAGGAGACAGGAGAAAACAGAACUGGUGGGUCCUUGGAAAGCUAAAGUGUAUGAUAUGCAUAAUGUGGUCGUCAGCAUUAAGUCAAGGAGGGUGCCAGGUGCCAUGACGGAUGAUGAGUUCUUUAACUCUUCCAAUGAAAAUGAAACAGAGAAUGAGUUUGAUGAUAUCUUGACGGAGGAAGAGAGAAGGCAACUUGAGGUUGCUCUUAAGAUGGACUCCUCAGAUUUGAGCAAUGAAAAUAGUAAUUGUAUUAUUGCACAUCGUCAUAGUUGUUAUGACCAAAGGGAUAUUCCCAUUGAGGACAUAAAUGGUUGCAUGAAUGGAGAAACCAAGCAGGAAAAGAAAGGAUGGUUCAGUGGCUGGAGGAGACGGGAAAAUAAACAAGAAAAUGAGAAAAAGAUUGUUCCACCAAGAAGCUCUUUGUGUAUGGAAGAAAAAGUUAAUGAUCUUCUAGAGGACUCUCCUCGAAGUCAAAAUAGACCAGGUAGGCACUCUGUUGACGUGGUUGUGAAACGUGAUGAGCUUCGGAGAGGAAGAGACGGUAAAUCUCCUUCAUCAACAAAUAGUGAAAGUGGAAAUAGACGGAAGGAUGGAAGCCGGGAAAAUGAGUAUAAGAAAGGUUUGAGGCCUAUUCUCUGGCUUUCCCCAGAUUUUCCAUUGCGAACAGAAGAACUCCUUCCAUUGCUUGACAUCUUAGCAAACAAAGUUAAAGCUAUACGGCGGUUGAGAGAGUUGUUUACUACGAAACUACCCAAGGGGACCUUCCCGGUCAAGGUUGCCAUUCCAGUAGUUCCCACUAUCAGGGUGAUGGUUACAUUUACGAAGUUCGAAGAGCUGCAGCCACUAGAUGAGUUUUCAACACCCCCAUCGAGUCCAACUCCUGUUUCCAAAGAGAGCCCUUCUGUAUCUCAGUCAUCAGGUUCAUCUUGGUUCCAGUGGAUAAAAUCUCCUUAUCAACGUUCAAGUUUAUCUAGAGGUGGCCCAAGCAGCAGGACUGAUACUACUCAAGACCCGUUUGCAAUUCCUUCCGACUAUUCAUGGAUUACUGCUGAAGCAAAGAAAAAGAAAAUGCAGGAAAAGAGCAAAGCUAAGAAAGUAAAGAGUCAGAAGUAGUAUUGAGGAUGCAACUUUUGUUCUACGUUGUCACCUGGGACAAAUCUCUAUAAAGGAGCACUACCAACACCAAACUGAUAUAGUUGUUUGGUUGAUACUCUGAUUUCCUACUUAGACAAAUAGCAGAUAUUGUUGAGGUAUUACGUGGUAAGAAUAUCAUUGUGGGGGGUAUUAUAGUCUGAAUCUGGUAUAUCAUUGUGGGGGGUUUAUAGAAGUUCAAAGUUGUGAUUCUUAUAACCAUUAUGACAAUUGUUUCACGUCUGGAUUGGACGGUCCGCCAUUUCUUGCCGUGACUGCUUCUCCAUGGCGUUUUAGCUUCUUUACUGACAGAUUUGAGGGGAUCUUGUAUAUUCUUUUUUUCUCUCGUCAUUGUUUCUUAAGUGGUCCAUUACAAUUUGAACCACCAGUGUUGUACGUUUAACGCGUUGAAGAAAAAGGCAUAACAGGUAGUUUGAGUUUGCU